CCCGUAACUCCCCCUUGCAGCGCCAGCGGCCCGGGCCGUGUGUACCAUCAGCAGUGGCGGCAGCACUGCGGAGCCCGGGCUCGGGUCUCCAUCCAGCCAAUCAGAACUAGCUCUCCUGCUUUCCCAAUUUACUUUUUGCCCCAUCUUUCUUCAGAUUUUUUUCCUUCCCCACUUUUUUUGGUCAAAAAAUCUCAACAAAAUGGUGCAGAAGAAAACAGAAAUCAAAGGUUUCCAUCGUUCUUUCAAGGGCCAGAACCCAUUCGACCUGGAAUUCUCCCAGUCAAGUCACCUGGAUUCUGUCUUCAACUUUGAGUGCCCGCCCCGCCCCGACAUGCCUUCAAGUCAGCCCAUCGAUAUCCCAGAUACCAAGAAAAGGAACAAGAAGAAGAAACGAUGCAGAGCCACGGACAGCUUCUCUGGGAGGUUUGAAGAUGUCUACCAGCUGCAGGAGGAGGUGCUCGGGGAAGGUGCCCAUGCUAGAGUCCAGUCCUGCAUCAACCUCAUCACCAACAAGGAGUACGCUGUGAAGAUAAUUGAGAAGAGCCUUGGACACAUCCGGAGCCGGGUAUUUAGGGAGGUGGAGAUGCUGUACCAGUGCCAGGGACACAGGAACGUCCUGGAGCUGAUCGAGUUCUUCGAAGAGGAAGAUAGAUUCUACCUGGUGUUUGAGAAGAUGCGAGGAGGCUCCAUCCUGACCCACAUCCACAGGAGGCGCCACUUCAACGAACUGGAGGCCAGUGUGGUGGUGCAAGACAUUGCCAGUGCCCUUAACUUCCUGCACAACAAAGGUAUAGCGCACAGGGAUUUAAAACCAGAAAAUAUUCUCUGUGAGAGUCCCGACCAGGUUUCCCCUGUGAAGAUCUGUGACUUUGACCUGGGAAGUGGCAUCAAAUUAAAUGGCGAUUGUUCCCCUAUCUCCACCCCUGAGCUGCUCACACCUUGCGGCUCUGCCGAGUACAUGGCUCCCGAGGUGGUGGAGGCCUUCAACGAGGAGGCUUCCAUCUAUGACAAGCGUUGCGACCUGUGGAGCCUGGGCGUCAUCCUGUACAUCAUGCUGAGCGGCUACCCGCCCUUCGUGGGGCACUGUGGCACCGACUGCGGCUGGGACCGCGGCGAGGCGUGCCAUGCCUGUCAGAACAUGCUCUUUGAGAGUAUCCAGGAAGGGAAGUAUGAAUUUCCUGAUAAGGACUGGGCCCACAUUUCUUUUGGAGCCAAAGAUCUAAUUUCCAAGCUGCUGGUUAGAGAUGCCAAGAAACGGCUCAGCGCGGCCCAGGUCCUCGAGCAUCCUUGGGUGCAGGGGUGUGCUCCAGACAACACACUUCCAACCCCCAUCAUCUUACAGAGGAACAGCAGUGCCAAAGAACUCACCUCCUUCGCCGCUGAAGCCAUCGCUGUCAACCGUCAGCUGAUGCAGCACGAUGAAGACGAGGAGGAGGAGGAGAUGCGACCAAUCAUAAUCAAAGCUACCUCAUGCUCCAUGCAGCUGUCGCCCCCUUCGGAAUCCAGGCUGGCCAAACGGAGGCAGAAGAGCAGCAUGACGAAGGCGGGGGCUGUGAGCCAGCACCUCGUUGCUCCGUUAGUCCUGGUGGGCGAUCACGCGUGAUCGCCUGCCUGCUGUGGCCCCCCACCCACUCCCUGUACAUAUGUAUGUGCUGUAUACGGGCGUCAUCCUUUUUUUUUUAAAUGCCGUUGUUAGCUAGCAACAAGAUCAGGACUCUGUCCUAUUGGCUGGUUUCCAAGGUUUCACUGAUCUUGUAAGUUCCUUUGUUUUGUUUGUUUAAAAACUUUUUUUUUUUUUUUUAAAGGUAUUAAAUCAAGUGUGAGGUUCCUUCACCCAGGGCACAUUUAAGGACAUUUAACAGGCGACGUAUGAACUUUCUUGACUCUUUUUUUUAUUUUUAUUUUUUAUUUUAUUUUUUUUUUCCCUACACCAAAGGACUAUUUGUACAAGUGACGCUUUUACAACUUCAGCUCAUUUCAUACUGUGAAAAAACAAAAAAACAAAAAAAAGGACCCUCGGUUGUCUUUUUAACAACAAAAAGUAGCAUUUUAACAUUUAUUUUUCCUAACGAGCUGCAGGUUUUUCUUUGAAUUGGGGCUGAGAUCAGUCAGCCGUGGGGAGCUCUUUUUUAAAAAACAAAAAAAAACCACAAACUGAAGACAAAAAAAAAAAAAAAAAAUCAUUCCGGAGCUGGAAUUGGCUAAUCUAAGCUAAGGUGUUUAAAAGAUAACGUGCGCAGGCAUCGCACCUCUCAGAAAAAAGGGGUUGGGGAGGGAGAGGGUAGUCCUGAACCCUCAUCCCUCCCAACGCUUCCCUUGCCAUGGGGACUCCAAAUGCAGUGGGAUGCCACAGGAGUGAGGGAGAGUUUGGUUGAAGCUCUGUUUGGGAAGUAGAUCUUUGUUGAAUGCCAGGGCUUGAUGUUGGGGGAUUCUGUGGCAUCGGAAGGAGGUGUCAUUGUCAACGCAGGUGCCCCUGGUCCUGGAAGCUUAGUGCCCUCUGCUCCCGCUGAAGUCUAUGGAAGUGGGGGGCGUUCUGCACCUCACCUGGAGAGAGAAUGUGGUGCUGGCAGAUGGAUUUCUGGCUAGAAGAGAGGAGAGCUGUGCUCAUGAGGGCAGUUCAUCUCCCUGGUUUGGAUUGAAACUCAGCUCCCUGCUCCAAGAUAAGCUAUUUCAACCACUUUAGGGUUUUUAUUUUUCUUUAAACAGCCUAGUUGUGCUUUGCUAAAGCAAACCCUGCUUGAAUAGGACGUUGAGACGUGUCUUCCUUCGUUCCCCUAGGUUCUGUCCUUCGGACUCGGAACUGAGCUGUACCGGCAUGGUGCUUCCUAGGGUUAGAUGAUGUGCCAGGUACAGCUUGGAUAUGGGGGAGCGGAGGUGGGGACUGGUGGGAUCUCCCCAAGUGUUCCCGGGUUUUUGAAACGUUCACAUUCAGAGUUACUUCCUAACUCUGCGUGUUAGGGCUGGUCCUGGCCUAUGAAAGUCUGUAGGGACUUUGCCAUGGAGCAGGAUCCAAGCCUCUUCUGAAGGGUGAGUGAGCGCGUGCGUGUGUGUGAAGGGGGUCUCUGCCCCAGUUACUAGCUACCAGUUUUGUGAAAUCACGCGAGCAGCUGGGUUCCCAGUAAACAGCAGGAUCGACUCGAAGCUCUUGUCCUUACGGACUGUGGCUGGCGAAUCCCCUGCCUCGGAAAUAAUCUGGUGCUUUUAAAAAGGAAAAACUCGUUCUUGCUUUCAGUGAGCUUUCUGUCCUAGGGCAACGAGCUGACCAUUCAGGGAGAGGAUCCGAAAUGGUUUUCAGUCUUGCUGACUUGGUGACUCCUGGAAAGCAACUCUGUCGCUGGGAGGCAGAAGCAAGUGAAAAGAAGUGUUUCCGUGGGAUCUGUGUCGCUUAAAGGGUUCCAUGGUGUAUUUCAUUUAUUUUGAAAUGCAGACCUUCCCAAGGCUCCCCCUCAAGAGGGAGGAGAUGCUUAUUCGAGGUGCGAUCAGGAAAUCCAAUCUCUGGCAUUGGAUGGGCAGGAGGUAUACCUGAGGCGGGUUUCUGGGUCUUCAUGCCGACGCAGAGGUGGACUAGAAGAGGAAGAGCUUUAAUAUUCUCCUUUGAGGGAGGCAUGGUCUUGUGGAAGUUGGGUUUUUGAGUUGAGAAGCUUGCAGGGGAGCAGGGUCAGUCAGCAGGGCCUCUCGGGGAGGUCUGAAUUGGAGGAGAGCGUGUGGUUCGAAUGCGCCUUCCAGAGGUUCCGUAGAAGUGAUUUUUUCUGAGUUGAAUUAUGACACAAGCCUUCCCAAGCGGAGGCUGACCAAUCAGGACGAGUCUGUCAGUGGUGCUGUAGCAGGGGUCCUAGGUGAGCCUCAACAACCCUCCUUGCCCAUGGUGUAUCUCGUGCUUCCAUUUGUUCUGAUGUCUCUUAUCUAGUUUCCUGAUCCAGCCUGGCGUGUAGCGCCUUCCCUUUCCUUGAUUUCCUCUUGAAAAAAUUAGUGUUAUGGGCCUGAUCUUUCAGAAGCACUGACUCUUCGAUGGGGGCACGCUGGGGCUUGCGCACGCCCAGAUGUUCUGCAAAUGAAAACCCCAUAUCUCCCUGUGGAAUGUCAGGCCGGAUUUGCCUGCCCUUGACGGUGGUGCAGAUGGAGAGUAGCACCACUGAGCUCGGUGUGGCGGUGCCGGUGUGAAACUGGGAGUGAGGUGAACUCGGUGGCUUCAUUCCGCCUCCCCUGAAGCCCCUCGUUUAAACAAGGCCGGCGUGUUUGUCUGAGCCUGGCAAGACGGAGGGAAACGUGCCUCCUGCAAAUUACUGGUCUCCCUUUCUCUCUAACUGGAUGCAUCAAGCUUUAUCGUUUAAAAGCCACCUCAAACUUCUCAUCUAGGCACAGCUGGAGGUUUCCGGAACCUUUUGAGUUGGGAGUCCAGCCAGCCUCCCCUGAAUUUUGAUGUAAGCCUGAUUCUUUCUCUGACUGAGGCUGUUCUGGGUUCUCCCCCCCCCUCCCCAAGACUGCUGACAGCAAUACUAUGCAAUAUAUGUUCUGUUUAUUUCAGGGAGGCAAUUGUGAAUAGCAUCAGGGGUUUGCUGAUCAUUGGGUGUUUGGAUCUCGAUGACGCUUUGCGAAGGCAGGGGAAUGUAAACUAUAACUGUUCCCUACCCUGUUCUGCAGAAGCAAUUUCACUUCAUCUGUAAGGGAAACAAAUCCAUACAUUUUCUUGCUUACGAUGAUCAGCACUUGCUUCCCUUGACCGCAGAACUCCAGGGUGGCAAGGAGAAUAUGGGGGAGCGCUGUAUUGGAAGCAAGGGGGUACUGUACCUCGAAAAACAGGCUGCAAUACUUCUCGAGACCUCCUUUAAAAAAAAAAUCCAUUAUCUUGAUUGUACAUUGUUACUUUUUUAUAGCUUAUUUUGUUUUUAUCAGUUGUAGAUAAUUCCUUGUUGUCUUAUAUUAAGAAAUACUUGAAUGAUGUACAGUAUGCGAUGCCUCGAGCUGGUAUUGUGAAAGCUAUUGUAAUGCUGCAGGUUACAGCCUUUUUUAAAAAAAAACAAACAUGGGAAGGGAUUUGCAGGGGGGAAUGUUUUGGUUUUCCAUGAUUUUGUUGGCAAACUUCCCCGUUUCCCACCCAUGAAACUUUUUUUCCUCCGCUGAAAGGCAGCCUACAAAGGCAAGGGAACUGGGUUGACCUUUCUUUGCUGCUUUGAUGGGUAAAGGAGGUCUGGGGUCUUCUGGCCUCAGAAAAAUCAGGGAUGUAGGCCUGGGGUUGCCUGGUUUUGCUAGAGGACUGGCUGAAGAUCUCAGUCCUCAGCUGGGGUCAGAUCUGGCCGUCUACGCUUGCUGAUGAUCUGCCUCCUUACAUGUUUUGUGAGCUUUUUCUUCUCUUGGGGGAGAUGUUCAGAGUCACAGAUGGCACUUUUAGGGCCGUUAGGCUCCUAUCUGUGCCUCUGAAAAUUUACCUCUUUAAAGAGGUGACAGCCUCAUUCCAUUGAUUAUCAGGGGAGCUUUUCUGACGGCUUGCUCGGCAGUUUGUUUUAAAUCCACACCGCUUUAACUUGGUGUUUAAAAGUCAGUCCAAAUACGAUUCCCUUUGUUUUGCUGGCAUGGUGCAUCUGGCGCAAUGCUAGCAGUUCUCCCAUCAGCCAAAGUCUUCCAGGAAAAUCUGUAGGCAAGACCCCGGAUUGCUAAUGAAGGAGAAACGCUUUGGAAGAAACUUUCAUGCCAUUUAAGAAACAGAUAAGCAGCCCAGUUACCCUUUCCUUUCUCGGUUGCCUUUAAGAAGCACACUUGCUCUGAGGAAGUGCACAAGGCAGUGUGUGUUUGGAGGGAAUUGUGAAAUGCCUUGCACACUUGGGCUGAGAAUUCAGCUUCAUUUAGGCACCUGCAUGAUGAGACUUUAUAGUAUUUGGCCCCAAGUAGCUGCCAUUAUUCAGUGGGAGCAGAGGGCUUCAUUGAGGGCGUCUAAGUGGGAGACGUUGGGUGCUCAGGUCUUUUGAAAAAUGUGGCCCUUGGUCUGUAGGUGUUAAGACAGAAGAGACGCUAAUGCUAGUGCCCAGGAUUGGGCCCGCAUCCCACCUCCCCACUGGUUACUUUCCCUUGGUUUUGUUUCCAAAGACAAUGCUUGCUCAGAAUCUUUCUCUCUAGCACUUAAAUGGUUCUGUGCCCAGUUUUAACCCUGUCUUGCCAAAGUCCUUUAUUUUUUUUAAACCCAUGUUUUCCUCCUUUAUUUUUUUUUUAAAAGCCUUUUUCUCUCGUAAAGCAUCUGUCUUGGAGACUUUUUUUUUUCUUUUCAAAAAGUUUCUUGCAAGUUUUAGCAGGAAAUUAAAAAAAAUAUAUUUUUUUUGCUUAUUUCCCCCUUGGUCCUCCUUCAGUCAAUUAACUCAAUUUAGAACUGGUUAGAAACUUUUACUGUGAAUCUGACUUUUUUUUAUCAAUACAGGAGAAAACGCUUUCUCCACUUUACAAUUGAUGAAGACUGCCAAAGCUGGGUUUGACAUAAAAUCACCUUAACGCACUGUUGGUUUCUACAAUGGAUGCCUCGAGCCAGGGGCUGGUUUAAAAAUAAAAACUAAAGUAAAAACUAAAAAUAAAAACAAAAAUGAAAAAAAAACAAGCACUUUAUUGUAUGUACCAGGUGAACUGAUACAGCUCAAUCGAAGUUUUCCUUUGUAACAACUGUUGAUGCCAGAAUUUUGUAUUCUGUUUUGUAAGAAUUUAAUAAAUGCGUUGAAACCUA